AUGAUUGAGGUAUCAGCCAAACUCAUUGGUGGCCCUAUAUUUAUGCCGGGUAGUAAAAUUGGUUGCUGUAUAACAUUUACUCAUCCGCCGUUACCAUCAGAUUCUCGAAGCCAAAGUAAUAGUGACGUUUUAGAAAACUUAGCAUGGGCCAGUGUGCAAAUCAAUUGCUUGUGUUUAACCAACGACAACAUUAAUUUUCCAUCUGUAAUGUGUGUUACCAAAGAUGAGAAAUAUUUAGGCAAUUCUGAAACUUCAUUUGCGCCGUGUUUAACAGACAAUGGUCAUGUUGUUUUAUCUACAAAACCAAAAAUUUUAUUUUGUGACGUUGGAUUAUCUCCUGGCGAAAAUAAAUCAUAUUUAUACAGCGAUACAUUACCUAAUGAUGCACCACCAUCUUAUAAAGGACAUUUAGUCAAAUAUGCGUAUAAAAUUACAGUGGGUAUGCAACGUUUAAACAGUCCAAUUAAACUAUUGAGAGUACCAAUACGUGUUGUAGUUAUACAUGGACUUACUGAAGGAGUGACAUGUGAGAAUAGUAUUGAUUUAUCUCCAAGUAAUCCAUUUUUAGAUUCUCAAUAUAAACAUGAAGAAUGUGACAUGGCUUUACAAAUGCUCCAAAAUAUAACUGCUAAACGAAGUCCCAAUUUUUAUAAUAUAACAAACUCUCGAGGGAAAGUAGCUCGAUUUUGUUUAUUCAAACAAGCAUACCGACUAGGUGAAGAUAUAGUUGGAACUUUUGAUUUUGAACAAACAGAUGUGUCUUGUAUUGAGUUUACAGUAAGCUUGCAGUGCGAAGAGGCCGUAAAUAAAGACUUUGUAGCGGUCAGUCCGAGGCCCAGGAAGGACAACGUAUCUAUCGUCUCAUACAACACUCAACAUCAGUUCUGUGCGAAUACCUUGAAAUCAUUUUUGCAGCUCGCUAUACCGUUGAACGUCACCCCAGCGUUUAGUACGCUUCUAGUAUGCGUGAAAUGGAGGCUUCACUUUGAAUUCGUGACCAGUACGAAGACUUCAGGCGAACGGUUGGUCGAAACCAAGGAGGGCACUUGCUGGACAGGCCCGGAACACGUAGACAUUGAGACAAUGGUGUGGGAUUUGCCCAUACAGAUUUACCCGUCCGUGCCAUCCAUAGCCAACGACCCACACGCCCAAACGAGGAUAACAAUCGCGAUAUGA